AUGAGAUUAGAGAAGUGUUAUUUCUGUGGAGGUACAGUCUACCCAGGACAUGGUAUCAUGUUUGUCAGAAACGAUAGUAAAAUAUUUAGAUUCUGUCGUUCCAAAUGUCAUACUCACUUUAAGAUGAAGCAUAACCCAAGAAAGACAAAGUGGACAAAGGCUUUCAGAAAGUUGGCUGGAAAGGAAAUGACUGUUGAUAAGACAUUUGAUUUUGAAAAGAAACGUAAUAGACCAGUUAAAUAUGAUAGAGAUUUGGUUAGUGCAACCAUAAAGGUGAUGAAGAGACUCGAUGUUAUUAGAGAACGUCGUAAACGUGCAUUCUACAAGAACAGAAUGCAAGGUGUUAGAGCAAGAGAAAAGAUGAUGCAACUCAAGGAAAUCGAUCAACACAUUGAUAUCAUUCGUGCUCCAUCUGCCUUGUUAAAGAUGAAGGCAAAGAUUUUAGAAAACAAAAACAAGAUUCAAUCUAUGGAAACUGAACUUGGUCCACUUAACCCAAAACCAAUCAAAAAAUCAAAGCCAACUGCAUCUGAAUAA